AUGCAAAAUUUUGACAAGCUACUGGGAACAUUCCAUCAACAAGAAGAAUUAUUGAUAAGUCUUAGAGAAAAGAUAGAGGAACUUACCAAAACUGUGAAUGACUUACAUAUUAAAACCGGGAAACAGGAAAAAACAAUUAAAGAACUUUCGAUCAAAACUGCCACUCAAGACUCGGAAAUAAAAAUUUUGCGCGAUGCCAUUAAUAGUAUGAAGGAAUAUUCCAGUGCAAAUUCUGUGCAUAGCCCUACCACAGACCAAGAUCAGAAACGAAAUGGUUCCUAUAUGACAAAUUUUGAAAUAUAUAAAGAAAGACAGAAAAUGCAGGACCUCAAAAAGGAUGUUAAACAGAGACCCCCCUCAAGAGAACUCCGACUUUUAUCCCAGAGUAUUCCAGACAAUGAAAUAGAUAACCAAUGUGCAUUCUACGCCUAUAUGAACAAGGACGAACACACAUUAGCCCCUCACCAUACACUUAUUUUUGAUGUCGUGAAGACAAACAUCGGAGACUCUUACAAUAAGUUUACUGGAGUUUUACAGUUCCAUCAAACGGGAUAUAUGUCUUAA